AUGUCAAAAACUAACAAAAUAGAUAUCAACAAUUUAGAUCUCGAUUGUUUAUAUACUCUUGAAGAAUUUGAAUUCAUUAACAACCAGCUUAAAACACACACUUUAGAAAUUGAAGGGCAACCAGUCAAUCUCUUUGAUUUUGACAGAAACAGAAAACUUAUCCCUAUGCCACAAUCACCUUUCUCUAGAGAAUUGGGAGGAUUCAAUUUUGCUGUAGGAGGUGUUGAAACAAUCAGAGCAUCGAAUGUUGCCUACAUAACAAAAGAAACAAAAAAUCAGUUGGAUGAAUUUCAGAAUUGGAGUUUUAAAGAUGAUCCUUUCAUCUCCU